GCUUUGAACUUACUAAGCGACCCCAACCGCGAAACAUUAAAAAUGUCAAUACCUCGAUUAAAUCUGGUUGUAGCAAUAUGCAACAACAACGGUAUCGGUAUAAAUGGAAGUCUGCCAUGGAAAUUAAGGAAGGACAUGGACUUUUUCAAGACAAUAACCAUGACAACUUCAGAUCCUGAAAAGCAGAAUGCAGUGAUCAUGGGCAGGAAGACCUGGCAGUCCAUUCCAGAGAACUUUAGACCACUUAGGAACAGGAUUAACAUCAUCCUGAGUAGAGACAUGAACAGUGCACCAGAUGGUACACAUGUGGCCCGAAGUCUGCCCGAUGCCUUGAGUCUGUUGUCAACAGAAGAGCUUGCAGACAGAGUAGAGAACAUACACAUCAUAGGUGGCAGUUCAGUAUAUCAGGAAGCAAUGACAGGAUCCUACCCAUGUCGUCUCUAUCUGACCAGAAUACUGGCAGACUUUGAGUGUGACGCCUUCCUGCCUGAAAUAGAUGACAGCUCCUUUACCAAAAUAAGAAACCCCGACAAUGUCCCUACAGACCUCCAUGAAGAGAAUGGACUCAAGUUCCGCUUUGAAGUCUAUGACAAGCUGUGAACAUGUUCUCAAUAUGUGACGAGAAAUGCACAUAAUCUGUGAUGCAGUAAAAGUUCUGUCCUUAAUUCACCACUGUUGGAGAAGCAAAGUGAAUUGUAUAUGACUUGCCCAUAUAAAUGCAACGUCAAAACCGACCUUGAUAAUAUGCUGUUCUUUGUUAUUUAACGGUGGGAGAUUAGCUGGGUAAAUGAAGUUGGUUGUUGUGAAUAAUGUUUAAGACAUAUACUUGUCUUUAUGUCCAAUUAUGUAUGACCAUUCAACCAAUUGCACAAUGCAUUAAUAAAACAUUGGCAUGUU